AUGGGGAAGUGUAUUUGUGGUAAUACAUGUCGAAUGGGCAAUUUUUGUGAUUGUUGUCCAUGGUGUUGUAAAACAUGUAAGAGUGACUAUUGCGGUGAAUGUUACGGAUAUUUCGUAACGCGACAAGCACGCCGGAGGUCUUACGACUGCGAGGAUUCAAAAUGUAAGAAACAAUGCGCAGGCAAUGAGAAAAACUGUAAAUGUGAAUGUUGUGUAAAGAAAUGUUCAGAGGAUGAUCCCGUCUGCAAGCAAAUUCCUCCCCCCCUUCCCCCCGGUCCACAGACUUCACAUACUUCCCCCGGUGCUGAGCCUCAGACCAGUGAACAACGUGGCACCAGCGAUCAAGAAAAUGCCAUCGACGUUCCUAAUCCAGAAGCCUCCACACCGUCCCCCCCUAACCCUCAAGCCAUCGCCGCCGUCAUCGUUGCCAUCAUCGUCGCCAUCAUCCUGCUCGACCUGUGCAUCUUCCGCUUCCCGGUGGGCCGCAACAUCCGCGAUUUCCUCGUACGCAAGAUACCCUUCUGCAUCGCGUUUUACAGCUGA